GAGCGAGUCGGGAGAUGAUUUUAAACUGUGAAGGGCGCUGAGAGCCGAGCUGCCGCUUCUGGCCGUGGGCUUUCAGAUCUGGCUUUACCCCAGGAGGGCUCGGGUGGAGAGCGAGUGGUCUCCUGUCUCUUGCCGACCCCCUCCGGCUAGGAGCGAGCGGCGGCCUCCUAGCUGGGCGCAUUGGCGUUCGGGGGAGCUCGCUCGGGGAGCGCCGGCGGCACUCGGGCCUCUCCCUCAGCUGUCAUUUUGGCGGCUUUUCACUUCAGGAGGUUUCAGCCUCGACCAAGUUCUGGAGCCGGAUUGAAGAAUGACUCGUGCACGCGGAAUGGGUGACAGCGUCAGCACUGCACUUUAUUGUGAUACUGCGUCCGGGCAAUGGUGCGCACACCUGUAAUCCCAGCUUUUCCGGAGGCAGAGGCCGGCCAGCUUCGGCAAUUUAGCGAGACCAAAAAACAAACAACAACAACAACAACAACAACGGGGGUGUAGCGCGGUGGUAGAGAUCCCUGGGUUCAAUCCCUAGUACCGCAGAAAUAAAUAAAACUACCAUGGAUCCUUAUGUUGCAUCAGAAUCAACACCUGAAUUGACUCCUAGACAAAGUACAUCCUCAGGUCUUAAAGAUUACCUUAUAGGUGCCACCCCUCUGCAAAAACGAUUGGAGUCAGUUAGGAAGCAGACUUCAUUUGUCCCAACCCCACCUCAAAGGAAAAUUCCCCAGUGUUCACAAUUGCAGGAAGAUAUUGAUUCUCAGAAGGUUGCUUUCCUCCUGCAUAAACAAUGGACUUUAUAUAGUGUAACUCCCUUAUAUAAAUUCUCCUAUAAUAAUCUUAAAGAGUAUUCUAAACUUCUGAAUGCAUUUAUUGCUGCUGAAAAGCAAAAAGGACUUGCUGUGGAAGUGGGAGAAGACUUCAACAUUAAAGUGAUUUUCUCUACUCUCCUGGGAAUGAAAGGAACACAAAGGGACCCUGAAGCAUUUCUUGUUCAAAUUUUGUCAAAAUCUCAAAUGCCAUCUGAGAACAGAGAAGGUAAAGUGUUAUGGACUGGUUGGUUCUGCUGUGUAUUUGGAGAUAAUCUCCUGGAGACUGUUUCACAAGAUUUCACUUGUCUACCCUUAUUCCUUGCAAAUGGAGCAGAGUCUAAUACAGCCAUAAUUGGAACUUGGUUUCAGAAGACUUUUGACUGUUAUUUCAGUCCUUUAGCAAUCAAUGCAUUUAAUCUUUCCUGGAUGGCUGCUAUGUGGACUGCAUGUCAAAUGGACUGCUAUAUGGCUACUACUGAAUUUCUUUGGUCUGUUCCCUGUAGUCCUCAAAGUCUGGACAUUUCUUAUGCAAUUCAUCCAGAGGAUGCAAAAGCUCUGUGGGACAGUGUCCACAAAACACCUGGGGAGGUUACCCAGGAGGAAGUUGACUUAUUUAUGGACUGCCUUUAUUCACAUUUCCAUAGGCAUUUCAAAAUUCAUUUAUCAGCCACAAGAUUGGUUCGUGUUUCAACAUCUGUAGCUUCUGCACAUACUGAUGGAAAAGUAAAGAUUCUGUGUCAUAAAUACCUUAUUGGUGUGUUGGCAUAUUUGACAGAACUGGCAAUUUUUCAAAUUGAAUGAGUGAACAAUAAGUUAUGGAUCAUAUACUCUUUUCUCACUAAUUAUUUGGUUAGUUGCUACGCUGAAAGGGUCUGCAAGAGAGGUGGGUAUGUAUCUCUGCCUCUGCUUUCCUCACAGUAGCUUUGGAGUUGCCCAGAUGAAAGCCAAGGAGGAUUUAGAAGAACAAGGACUGUGGCACUGGAUGAACCACAGCCACGCGCUUGUACUGGUCAUGAUGAUCUCAGAUGACAAUGCCUAGGAGCAAUGUUGUGUUGUUAAUUUCUUGGUUAUCUUUUUAAAAAAUGUUUUUCAUAUCAAACUUUUAGAAUUCAAAUGUGAUAUCUAAUAUUGGGUAUUUUUGAUUUAGAUUUUUAAAACCUUUAAUCCCUUUGAAGCAUUUUAGACUUGCAAUCAAAGAAUUUUCAUCUUCUAAAGACAUUUUGCUAGCAUUGUUUUGCUGUAGAGAACUGGCCAUCAAAAUCCUCUCAAAAAUUCUAGCUGGGUAUGAUGGCAUAUGCCUGUAAUCCCAGCAGCUUGGGAGGCUGAGGCAGUUUCAAAGCCAGCUUUAGCAAUUUAGUGAGGCCCUAUCUCAAAAUAAAAAAUGAAAAGUGCUGGGGAUGUGGCUCAGUGGUUAAACACCCCUGGGUUUAAUCCCUGGUACCAAAAACAAAACAAAACAAAACAAAACAAAAAACCCUCUCAAAAGGAAAAUAAAGAUUAAUAGACUUUUUUAAAGCCACUAAUAUGCUUCUGAUUUUAAUAUUGUUCAAUUCUUAUAACAGUGUUAAAUUAAAUAUUUACUUUUAAAA